AUGGCUGAAAUUGGCGCCCUCAAGAAGGAGAAUCCCCUGCCUAGCCCGGCAUUCACCAAUAAUCAUAAUGAACACACACUAAAAGAAGAGUCCUGGAAGCAUCGGGCUCCAUAUCAAAUUCAACCCCCCGAGAAAUUCGGACCAGUCAAGUGGCGCGCCAAAUGCAAAUGCGGCAAGAUCUCAUAUAGCAUAAGACAAGACAAACCAUUGAAUGCGAAGUUCUGUCACUGUCGUGGAUGUCAGGUCAUGCACGGUGCUCCCUUCCAAUGGGCAGCUAUUUUCCACAAGGAAGAUGUGAACUUUGCCAAGGGGUGCAGCGGCCUGUCGUUUUAUUCGUCCUCCGAGAAUUCGCAAAAGUACCAGAUGCCUACUAAGGUGUCGUGUUCUUUUUGUCAUUCGCUUAUCAUGGAUGAGGGGCGGACUGUUUGUUUGUUGUUUCCCCAAUUGAUUGAGUUUGAGGGCUCGCUAGAUGAGCAAAGGAAGCAGAUGGAGGCAUUUAGACCAACAUGCCAUAUCUUCUACGAACAGCGAAUGAUGGAUUUCCCAGAUGGAUCACCCAAAUGGUCAGAAAUGGAUCACAGUAGCCAGCUUCUAAAUGACCGGGGUGUUCCCGUUGAGUAA